AGACGAGCAGCUCAAAACGCCUCCCUUCAGUCUGUGAAACUCACUCACUAGAGGUGUGUCGGUGACACCUCUUUUCAUAGAGGACUCUUUUCAGUUCUCUCUUCAAUCCCAGCCAACUUGACCCUAUCCUUUUCUCCCCUCCCGCCACCCGCUUCUCUAUCCUCCUCCCCCGCCCUCCGACCGAGUGAGUCACUCUCCACCCACCUCAAAAUGGCCUCCAACUCGACCUAUUUGGCCAUUCCUGGCUCUGUCGCCUUUUCCCACUCUCGUGGACGCGCUGUUGCUGCCAGCAUUGGAGCCAGCGAUGUUCGUGCGCAAUGGAUCCAUUAUGUCCACCUUUCUCAGCCAUUGGACGAGCCCCAGCGCGCUGUAUUGGAGCAGCUCCUCCGCUAUGGUGAUAUUACCGAUAUCCCCCCUACAUUCACUGCGGAGGAUGGCUCUUUCGACGUCUACCACGUCUACCCUCGGACGGGUACCAUCUCCCCUUGGAGCUCCCAAGCGACCGGUAUCUCUCACGUCUGCGGCCUGCGCCAGUAUGUGAAGCGCAUCGAGCGGGGUAUGAAGGUCUCAUGCCUGCGCUCUGGCAGUGGCAAUUACAAAGACGGCUUCCAAGAUGUUCUCCAUGACCGCAUGACCCAGAUCAUGAGCGAGACCGAACCGGAUCUUCACUUGAUGUUCUCGGAACACAGCCCCCGACCCCUCGAGACGAUUCCGCUUCACGGCAGCGACAAGAGCCCCAAGGAGGUCCUCCAGGAGGCAAACAAGAGACUUGGAUUGGCAUUGGAAGAGUCGGAAAUCGAUUAUCUGGCUGACGCUUAUGGCCCUAACGGCCCGAUCGCUCGGGAUCCUACCGACGUUGAACUCUUCAUGUUUGCCCAGGUCAACUCGGAGCACUGCCGUCACAAGCAGUUCAACGCUUCCUGGGUCAUUGAUGGAAAGCAAAUGCCCAACAGUCUCUUCUCUAUGAUCCGCAACACCCAUAAGAAGAACCCCGAUUACACGGUGAGUGCUUACAGCGAUAACGCCGCCGUUCUCGAGGGAGAUCACUCCGCUUUCUGGGCUCCCAACACGGCUACCGGAGAAUGGGCCCACACGAAAGAACAGGUCCACUUCCUGGCCAAGGUUGAAACUCACAAUCACCCGACGGCCGUUUCGCCCUACCCCGGUGCAGCGACCGGAUCCGGUGGAGAGAUCCGUGAUGAGGGCGCUGUGGGCCGUGGUUCCAAGCCCAAGGCUGGUCUUGCGGGCUACUGUGUCUCCGAUCUCAACAUUCCUGGCUUGAAGCAACCUUGGGAGAUGGAUGUUGGCAAGCCUAACCAUAUUGCCAGCCCAUUGGACAUCAUGCUGGAGGCUCCCAUCGGAAGUGCGGCCUUCAACAACGAGUUUGGACGUCCCUGCAUUACGGGAUACUUCCGCACCCUUCUGACGGAGAUUGAUGUCGGCAAUGGUCAAACUGAGGUUCGCGGUUACCACAAGCCCAUUAUGAUUGCUGGUGGUGUCGGAACCGUCAGACCUCAACACGCCAUCAAGGAGCCCGAAGCGGUCAAGCCUGGUGCUUACCUCGUGGUUCUGGGCGGACCUGCUAUGCUCAUCGGUCUCGGUGGAGGCGCAGCAUCCAGUAUCACCUCCGGUGAAGGUUCUGCGGAUCUGGACUUCGCCAGUGUUCAGCGUGGCAACGCUGAAGUUCAGCGCAGAGCUCAAGAGGUGAUCAACGCCUGUACUUCCAUGGGCGAUGCCAACCCUAUCAAGUUCAUCCAUGACGUCGGAGCCGGUGGCCUGUCCAACGCUCUUCCCGAGCUCAUCCAUGACUCCGGCCUGGGCGCUACUUUCGAGCUUCGUGAGAUCGACAGUGCCGACAAGAGUAUGAGCCCCAUGCAGAUUUGGUGCUGUGAAGCUCAGGAGAGAUAUGUCAUGGCCGUUGGUGAGGAGAGCAUGAACAAGUUCACUGCCAUUGCCAACCGUGAACGUUGCGGUUUCUCCGUUGUCGGCCGUGGCGGUGGUACUACGGAAGAGGAGAAGAGGCUCAUUCUCUUGGACCGCGAGUCCACCGAGUACCCCAAGCCCAUUGACCUGCCGUUGUCUGUCCUUUUCGGCAAGCCGCCUAAGAUGACCCGGGUGGUCGACUCCCGCAAGCUGAAACUGCCCGCAGUCGAUGCGAGCCUUUCCACCUACCUGCCGUCUCUUGCAACAAACCCUCUUGAGCUCCUCGAGGAGGCUGCCAAGAGAGUUCUGUCCCUGCCUGCUGUCGGCUCCAAGUCCUUCCUUAUCACCAUCGGUGACCGGACAGUCGGUGGUCUUACGGCUCGCGACCAGAUGGUCGGUAAGUGGCAGACGCCCGUGGCGGAUGUCGCUGUCACCGCCACCGCAUUGGUUCAAGGCGUGAAGUCUGGUGAGGCUAUGGCUAUGGGUGAGAAGCCCACCCUUGCCCUCAUCUCGCCGGCUGCUUCGGCCCGCAUGGCAGUGGCUGAGUCUCUUAUGAACAUCGCUGCUGCCGACCUUGUGGACCGCCUCAGCCGCGUCAAGCUCUCUGCCAACUGGAUGUCCGCCAGCAGCCAUCCUGGUGAAGGCGCUGCCAUCUAUGAAGCGGUGGAGGCGAUCGGUAUGGAACUUUGCCCCAAGCUUGGUAUCAGCAUUCCUGUUGGCAAGGACUCCAUGUCCAUGAAGAUGAAGUGGAAGGACGAGGCUUCUCAGGAGGCGAAGGAAGUCACUGCCCCCAUGUCUCUUGUCAUCUCUGCUUUCGCGCCUGUUGCCAACUUCCGCAAGACGUGGACCCCCGCUCUCCGUCGUCUGGAAGAUGUCGGCGAGACUGUUCUGAUGUUUGUCGAUCUGUCCUUCGGCCGCAAGGCAUUGGGUGGUUCCGCUCUCGCCCAGGUCUUCAACCAGGUUGGAGACGAGUGCCCUGAUAUCCGCGACCUUGAGAUCUUCAGAGAUUAUUUCGAUGCCACCCAGCAGCUGCAGGAGGCGGGCAUCGUUCUAGCUUACCACGAUCGCUCUGAUGGUGGUCUUUUCACCACCCUGGCUGAAAUGAUGUUCGCCGGCCGCUGCGGUGUUGAGAUUAUGCUUGACAACAUCUGCGCUAGCUCCAGCACCAAGGAUGUCGUGGAGACCCUGUUCAAUGAGGAACUCGGUGCUGUUUUCCAGGUACGCAAGGAGCAUGAAAUCCAGUUCCGCUCUUGCUUCGCCACCUGUGGCCCUCCUGCUGGCUUGAUCCACAAGAUUGGUCGGGUCUCGGAGAAGUCCAAGCAGAACCUCACCAUCUACCACAAACACACCUUGGUUCACCGCAACAGCCGUGCCAACCUGCAGCAGACCUGGGCCGCCACGUCUUACCACAUGCAGAAGAUGCGUGAUAAUGCUGCAUGCGCCGAUCAAGAGUAUGCUAGCAUCCUUGAUGACGCUGAUCCUGGUCUGUCUUGGAAGGCGACUUUCGAUCCCAAGGACAAGGCCAUGCCCCUCUUGACUAGCUUGACCUCGCUGUCGCCCUUCAGCAACAAGCCCCGCGUUGCCAUUCUCCGUGAGCAAGGUGUCAACAGUCAAGCCGAGAUGGCGUUCGCCUUCAACAUGGCUGGUUUCUCUGCUGUCGAUGUUCACAUGACUGAUGUCAUCUCCGGCCGUGUCUCGCUGUCGAGCUUCGUCGGUCUGGCCGCCUGUGGUGGUUUCUCCUACGGGGAUGUGCUCGGUGCCGGUCAGGGUUGGGCCAAGUCUGUCCUGCUGCACGACAACACCCGCAGCGAGUUCCAAACCUUCUUCCAGCGCCCUGACACUUUUGCUCUCGGUGUCUGCAAUGGUUGCCAGUUCCUCUCGCGCCUCAAGGAGUUGAUUCCUGGAGCCCAGAACUGGCCCAGCUUCGAGCGUAACGCUAGCGAGCAGUACGAGGGCCGUGUUGCCUUGGUGCGCAUCUCUGAUUCCGACCCAUCUCGUCCCAGCGUCUUCCUGCACGGCAUGGACGGUUCUUCCUUCCCCAUCGCCGUCGCUCACGGAGAAGGUCGCGCCUCGUUCGCUCCUGCUUCCGGCACCACCGCGCAGUCCUUUGUCAGCGAGGGUCUGGCUCCCGUCCGCUACGUGGAUAACGCAUCUCUCCAGCCCACCAUGAAGUACCCUGCCAACCCCAACGGCAGUCCCGAGGGUAUUGCUGCUGUCCGUAACGCUGACGGUCGCGUGCUGGCCAUCAUGCCUCACCCCGAGCGCACCGUCCUGGGCGGCAUUGCCAGCUAUCUGCCCCCCAACGCCGAACAGUGGGGCGACAUUGGCCCGUGGGGCCGUGUCUUCCUCAGCGCCAGAAGAUGGGUCGGUUAAGCGGUGGCUGCAGCCUUCGCUCUGGUUCUUGUUUGUCGGGUGAUGGCACUAGGAAGAGCCGUGGGGGAAGAUGCUAAAAACAAAUACAAAGGUCACGGCGCAUGUCUUGAGUUUCUACCUAAUGAUAUAAAUACAACGUUCCCCUUUUCUUGGGGCUGCUUCUUAUGAUGACAUUGUGUGCAGAAAAAAUCAGUGUUCGGAAUAGUUCGCCUGAUUGGUCGAUCGAGGUUUAGUGCACAGCCAGAACACAGAAUGUGAAUGAGUACUAGUAUGAAUCAAUUACUUUCUUGCAUUGUUUCUGGUUGGAUCAAGUAAGGGGUUCGUGUGACUUGCUGGCAAGGAAGAAGGUGAUUCGCAUAAUACUAUAGAGGAACGGGCCUAACGCUAAGCGAAAGGGUCCUUUCUUUCAGCUUCCCAGCUAAACUCAGCCCUAUAUCCUGUUUCUUAUAAACGAUUCCGGGGGAGAACCCCCGGACCCCC